AUGUCUAAUUUGUUGAGGCAACUAAGGCAACCAUUGUUCCCAUGCAAACCAAUUCGACCUAUAAUUGACAGAUCUUUACUUCAUCCAAGAUUUUAUUCAACUGAUAUAGAAAGUUUAAAGAAACAAUCCGACUCAACAGAAACAGAUAAUUCAGUAAAUGCAACAGGAGUAAUAGACAAAAAUAGAAAUGAAGUAUUGUUAUAUUAUUCCUUUUCAUCAUCCAGGAAUAUUGUAAAACAAUACUUGAUGAGAUUAUUUUCUGCUUUUCCUUUUAGUCAAAAAUAUAAUGAAGAUAAUCUAAAAGAUAAAGUGAUUAAAAUUUCAUCACCUUUACCAUCAGAUUCAAAGAUCACAGAAUUGGUACCACUACUUAGAGAUUCGGGUGCAUUUGUUAAAUUUCAGUUUCCACCAGACGAAACAGCUAGAUCUUUUAUCACCGAAGUCCGAUCAAAUGUAAAUAAAAAUGAUGCUAAAAGACUUGAUAAUUUUGUUUUAAAAACGUUGAAUUACGUAUGGAAUAGAUCCCCAAAAGUUUACAGUGUCAAAGGUAUACCUUGGAUUGAAGAUUUAAGAAGAUUCCCUAGUGCCAAAAUUGGUAUCAAAUAUGAAGGUAAUCCUUUAACAGAAGAAGAAUUAUAUGUAUUGUUCAGGAGAUAUGGAUUGAUCGAUGAUAUCAAAAUUGAACCUACUGAAUCGUAUGUUCUAUUUCAUGAUAUUCGCUCAGCCAUAUGUGCAAAGCAUUGUAUAACUGGCAUGGUAUUGAAUGAUGGGGAAACUACAAUUCAUAUUAAAUACGUACCUAUAAAGAAAAACAAUUACAUUAUUGAUUUUAUAAGUAAUCAUACAAAGAUUGCUAUACCGAUAAUUUUAGCACUUUUAGCCACAUUCGCAGUUUUGAUUUUUGAUCCAAUUAGAGAAUUUUUCAUUCAAUACAAAAUAACACACAGUGCCAAUUCAUUAGAGCAUUAUAAACAAAAUAAAUGGUUCAGGUUAAUAUAUAUACCAUAUAAAAACUUGGUGAGUGCGAUUUCAAAUAGUUAUGAUUAUAUUGAUACACAAAUACAUGAAGUAGCUGGGUUAAAGUCAGACGAGGAUGAAUCUUGUAACACAGAAGCUCAGUCAAUUCAUGAUUUGAAAGUUGAAAAUAAUAUGUUUUGGAAAGAACGAUAUGAAAAAUCUAAACAAUUGAAAUUAUGGAUUUUAGAAAAUUUGAAUAGUUACAUUAUCGUGAAAGGUCCACAAGGUUCAGGGAAAGAAGAAUUCGUUUUGGAUCAUUCAUUAUUAAAUGAUGAGAGAUUAAGCAGAAAAAUAUUGGUUCUUGAAUGCGAUGAACUUAGCAAGGCUAGAUCUGAGAAUUCGUUGAUUAGCAGUACAGCUUCUCAAUUGGGAUAUUUCCCAGUUUUCACAUGGACAAAUUCUAUUUCUCAAUUUGUUGAUUUAGGAGUUCAAGGUUUAACUGGUCAAAAAUCAGGUUUGAGUGAAAGUAAAGAGACUCAAUUAAAAAAUAUGUUUUCUUUAGCAACUCAAGCAAUUAGACAUAUUUGCGAGGAAGAUUAUACUAAAUAUGUCAGAUCUACUGAGAAAAGAAAUAAGAAGUUGUCAGAUGAAGAAAAAAUUGAAAUUUUGAGACAAGAAGACUUUUUAUCUCAACAUCCUGAGUCUAAACCUAUUAUAGUCGUUAGUAAAUAUUCGAGAAGAGCAGAUAUUCAACUGAAUGAUUUUAUUUAUCCAUUAAUUGCUGACUGGACAUCAGGUUUAAUUCAAAAUAAUAUAGCACAUGUGAUAAUUUUGACAGCAGAUGUAGGAUCUAUUCAACAUUUAAAUGAUGCAUUACCAAAUCAAGUUUUUAAAUAUAUAUCAUUAAGUGAUGCAUCAAUGACAAGUUCAAAACAAUAUGUUUGUGACGUUUUAAAAGUAAAAGAUACAACAACCUUAGAUACAUGUCUUGAACCUUUAGGAGGUAGAAUGUUAGAUUUACAAGCAUUUAUUAGACGUAUCAAAUCAGGCGAAAGUCCAGAACAAGCUAUUACAGAGAUGAUAAAUCAAGCAGCUGAAUUAAUCACAACUUUCUUUUUAAAUAAUAAUACAUCGAAGAUAGAAAAUGGGGAUAAUAAUUGGAAUCCAGCUCAAGUUUGGUUAAUUAUGAAAAUAUUAUCAAAUUCUGAUGAAAUUAAUUAUGCAGAAUUAACCAAAUCACCAUUAUUUAAAAGUUCAAAAGAAACUAUGAAUACUUUAACGACUUUGGAAAAAUAUGAUUUAAUAACUUUAAAACGAGAUAAGGGAGUUUUGAACAAGAUAAGUACAGGAAGACCUUUAUUUCAAGCAGCUUUUGAAAAUAUAAUAAGUGAUUUAAGAAUUUGGAAAUUAUAUGAGACAAACUAUUUAACUGAACUUAUAACAUUAGAGGUUCAAAAAAUUCAAAAAUUUGAGAAUGAAUUGACAUCAAUUUAUAAAAUAGGAAGUAAAAUUGAUGGAAGAAUUGAUUAUUUAACGAAAAAGAUUGAGGGAUCAAAUAAUAAAAUUGUAUCUUAUGAAAAAGAAAUUGUUGAUAUUGCUUCAUACAAAGCUCAACAAAAACCUCAUUCCUUUUUAGGCAUUAAAUUUUAA